AUGGAAUUCGCACUCUACGAGGACACCCUGGAGAUGGCCUCCUACGGCACGCAUUUGGACGCGCUCGAAGCUAGCUUCUCGGGCUCCAGUGCCGCAUCUUCCCCCUACCUUCCCAGUCCCUCCCCUCCCCAGCAAUACCUAGACUUUGGCUUUUCGUACCACCCAGCCUAUCCCUAUACUCCAUAUGGCUCCUUGGACGGCCCGUCAGGCUCUCAAUUGGAUCCAGGAUCAAUGUGCAUCGCUCCCGAGGCACUUCAUGCACCCACUUUUUUCCAGCCCUGUUCCGAGGCAGUCCCCUUGGAGAGCCAUGCAUCGCCCGAGGCAUUUGCUGUCCACGUCGAGACGUCGGCGCCACCUGACGCACAAGGCGCUGCUGAGAGUCUGGAAGAAUAUAGUGUCGUGUCGCCAGACGCAUACCCAAUGAAGAAGGAUAGGCAACGAGGGAGUGCAAAUUUGCUCCGAUCUGCAAGAGACCCAGAAAGGCAUCAUGCUUGCACGCUGUGCAUUCGCAAGUUCAAACGUCGCGCAGACCUUGCUCGCCACCUCAAGAGGCAUCAAGGAAUCCGACAAUACAGCUGUCCAGCCAAGUGCUGCCCUCUUCCACCUGCAGAUCGAUUCUUCUUCCGUGCAGACGCGCGACAACGCCAUUGGAAGGCCAACCCAGAAUGCGAGCUCGAGUUCUACUCGACAGAGGCUGGCCUUGACUGGUUGAAGAAAAAUAAGAACCGGUCCCAAAAGUUCCGCGGCCACAGACGACAGCCCAGCAGCUCGAGGGGAAGCAGUCUUGAGAUCCACCAAGACUGCUACGACGAUGAUGAAGACGACGACGCAGACUAUCACGACUAA